GGAAAAAGGUGAUUGUGGAAGUGCUUGGGUUAAUAGUCGAUGUCUCAGUAGAAAUUCAGUUAGAUUUUUUGUCCUAAUCAUCUAUUCUGCCAAUAUUUUGAUCCAGGAUGGAAUACAGAAUCUAUUUUAUAUAUUUUUUAACCGGCAUCAACUCUUUCCGGACCACAACAUAUCCAGCGAACGAUUUUCAGUAAAACUCACUUUAUUGUAAGUCUUAGUGGUCAAAUAUGAUACUUUUGUAGAGAAAGAAUUUUCUCCGCCUCUGGGAAAUUGGAAAACUCAUGGGUACUCUCGUCCCCAAAAGAACGAAAAGGAGACAAACUUCAAUUUUCCCAAAGCCAAUAUUAUCGAUUUUGUAAACUAUUUGUGCGUGUCAAAGGACUCUUUGACACGCGGACUUAAAACAAAAGUUGUGUAAAAAUUGUUGAAUUUCCAUUUAAGACAUAUACUUCAGCCGAGAUGCUUUUCAUAGGGCAAAAGUCAUAUAGAACAUCAAAUAUUUAUAUGCAUAAUAAGUAUAUCGUGAAGAUCCGAACAUCAGAUGUAAUUAUCUCGUAUUAGGAAGGAUCCCUAGGACAGGAAAAAAACAUUACAAAUGUCUAAAAAAGCAACAAAAAAAACUAAAAUAAACGAAAUGAAAUGAAAAUUCAAAAAUUUUUGAGUUUACACACAAAAAUUCAACAAUUUUUAAAUUCAACAAUUCCAAAUUCAACAUCUUGUAAUUCAACAACUUUAAAUUAAACAAUUUUAAAUUAAACAUUUUUUUCCAAAUUUAACACUAUAAUAGUGGUAUGAAAGAUUACACACUAUAAUAGUGUUAAUUUUUUUUAAUGUGCAUAUCUGCAAGAAAGCAGAAAAUCGAAAACUGACGAUUUUUGACCAAGAAUAUCUUAGCUCAAGAGUUAAUUGGGAUCCUGCAAAAAAAUAUCCUAGAUUUGGACAUCCUUAUAGUUUGUAAUCAUACACAAGAAACGGAAUUUUAUCGAUUCUAAAUAGUCUAAAAAAAUUAUUUUUUCCAUGGGUACCCAGAGUCCCAAAGGAGACGAAAGAGUUAACCGGCAUUAAAGCGGUUAGAAGAAGAUUUUGAUGUAUUGCUAAUAAUUCUAAAAUGAUAAGGUAGUGUAUUUUGUGCCCUUGGCGGUUCUGCUUCCAAACGCUUUGAUGUGAUUUUUUAAAAUCUCACGGAAAUUGUUUUAAAAAAAUUGAAAUUAAAUUCUUUUUGCAAUAGAUACCCUGCAGAAGAUCCCAUCCAGGAUCAAAACGUUAGCAGAAUAAAUUAAAAGGUGUAAAAGGGAACAGAAAUCAGACUGAUAUUCGCACUGAGACUUCAAUUACUUACACACGGUUGUAAUCCAACAGUGUCUGUGUCAGUUUGUCCAAUAAGAACGGAAUACGAUACUUCUUUCUUCAAAUUUUCAAUUAUUACCAAAAGCAGUCUGAAGUCAAAGAAAUUGCAGUGGAGCGAUGUCCAAGCAUCUUUCAGCGUUCCAGGAGACCUUUGCGAACUUUUCUUCCUCGGAAAGCGAAGAGGAACGCAACAGUGACAGUGAGACUUCCGCUGAGCUGGAAAUGUGGUGCUACCGUGAUCCAAUGGGGAAGGAUCAGGGGCCCUUUCCGUCAUCCAAGAUGCUUCAGUGGGAAAGGUACUUCGAUCGCAAAAUGCCAAUGUGGCGAUAUGGGUCCAACAGAAGGACAACUUUCGAGGUAUUUCUGAAGGAGCAUAAAAGAUAUCCGUUAUGGACUUAUUUGGACGAAGAAAAUGAGCCUCUUCUCGAUAUAGGGGGGCACAACCUAGGUGAUAGUGAUUCAGACAAUGAAAGAUACAAUAACGAUAAUUAUGAUAUACAUUCAACUAAAGAAAUUAACAUUAAUAUUAAUAAAAUGGAUAUAAAAGCAGCAAAUAGCCCUAAAAAUUUGCCUGAAAUUGAGACUUCUGAAGAAGAAGAAGAAGGAGCUUGUGGGCACAUAGCAACAAUUAAGGAAGUAGUAGACGAGCAUGUGCUCGAUGAAAUAAAGACAGAAACAGAUAUUUCUAAUGAUACAUUUGAGAAUUCCUAUGACGAAAGUGAAGAGUCUCUGGAUGAUGUUAGGAAAUCCAAAAAACUUCCAGAUAAAAAGGGAAUAGAUGUUGAUGUGAGUGUUAAUGAUAUUGUUCCUGAUGUUUAUGAGCAAUUUGGCAAGGUGAAGAUAUUGACUCCUAAGAAUCCAUUUGAGUAUGUUCCUUAUCAGCGAGAUCAGGAACUUGCUGCAAGGAGACGGGAGAAAGAGAAUAUUGAGCCAAUUGAGGUGAUUCCAUCACAUAGGAGCUUUUAUGAUAUGACCAGUGGGCAUCAGGGAAUGACAAAUUGGGGUGGUGGCUAUGGAGUAAAUAGAGCUCCAUUUCCUGGUCAACUUCCUCGCUACUAUCGUCUUGUUCCGCCACCUUUGCCUGCUAAUUUAUCAAAUCCGCCACCAAUCAUGUGGCAAGCCCAAAAUAGCCAUCAUAGAUUACCAAUGCCGCCCACUUUUGCCCCUAUAAAUCUUCCACCAUCACAAUUUUAUGCUGCCCAAGCUCAAAAUCAGCAUCAAAUGAAGUAUUAUGGCAAUAAUAUGCAAGCUUAUCCACCAAAUACUGCCAACAAUUUUCCUCAGCAUCCUUAUCAAGAAUAUAAUAAGUAUUAUCAUCAACAACAACAACAACGACAACAACAACGCCAACAACAUGGAACUGGGCAUGAGCUACAACCAGUUUAUAAUCAGAAUUAUCCUAAUAAUAGCAACAAUAUGGGCGCUUUCUGCCAGAAUCUUAUUGAAAAAUAUAUAGAUGUAACAGGACAGAAGUUUCAGCAACUCUACCAAGAGAAUCACCAACUUAAGAUGCACAAUGAACAACUAAAGCAACAAACAGCUCAGAAACCUAAACCCGUGGAUUACAAAGGGAUGUCUUUUGCAAAAAUGGUGUCAAUGAAUCAGGGCGAAGAUGAGAAGACGGAGACAAAAAGUUUCUGGGACACAAUGCCACCACCGCAACCACCAACAGCGCCCCAGAAGAAGGUGAAUAAAUAUCCAGCUGGAUAUGUUGGUGAGGGAACGAAGAAGAAACAGGCAAAGGCCAAGGAAGGUGUAGAAGAAUUUAUUGAGUGGUGUUUGAGUACUUUAAUGUAUAUUUCGGAAAAUAAGUUAAAUGUUGAAGGAUUACGUGUAAUCCUCAAUGACCUUGAGUCUAUAUCCUGUGUAGAGAGAUACAUUAAAAUAUGGCUUGAUGAAAUUAAUCCAAAAAUGUGGCACCUUUUUAGUGAAAAGCUAAAGAAAUACCGAAAAGAGGGAACUUCUGACGAAUUAAAUUCUCCUGCUCGAGCUAAUCCCUAUGACGUUGAGAAGCAAAAACAGAAGGAGAAACUGCUGAAGAAAGCUGAGCUCUUUCCGCAGAAUAAAGACCUCAAUACGGUAAAUAUAAAUCGCCAUUUAUCAAAGAUAAACCUAAAUAGUAAGAAAUGAAUAUUGCCAAUAUUAACCAAGCAUAUAACGUAAUUUUCUUUAAAUGAAUUGCCUUUUCAUUUUUCUGACUAUAUUCAAUUUCAAGAAUUACAAAUGAAUUUUAAAUGAUUUGUUCUUUUGUUUCUUUUAGUUUUUUAUUUUAUUUCUUUGAUUUUUUUCUUCAUUUAAACCUUGGGUAGGUAUAUUGAUUUAUAAAUAGAGAAGAUUAUGAAUAAAUGGAGAAUUUAAUAUGCAUAAAA